GGUGCAGUGACCGAUAGUUUGGGUCCCAAACACACACACACCACUCAGAGACUUAGUCGCGAACGCACUCUGGAUUUCCUGAACUGUAAUAUCUAUAGAAUAGAACUAGAAUAUCUACAGAAUAGGUUGUGAUGAAGGAGCCUGGGUCCGUCCAGGGGUCUGUUGUCAUGACUACAGAAUAUCAUGACGACUUCCAAAAUACAGACACCAGCGACAACCGAGCCUUCUGGACCAAAGAGCCUGAGUCGGGGUUAGGCCAAGCGCACCAAUCAGGCAGAGGGAGAUGGAUGUGGGCGGGGCCUGUUCUGUCUGCUUUCUUCCUAUUGGCUCUGAUCAUCUUUGUCUCCGUCAGCAAUAGGAAUACUGACAGCAGGUUCUCGUCAAUAGAAAAGACUGUUGCCAACCUGAGUUCGGCUGUUCAGACUGUCAUCACCACUCUACAACAGAGCAAAGCCUCAGAGGCAGAGUUGCAGAAGGAGAUUGGAAGGCAGAAGUUCACCAUGGAAAUGACAGAACGAAAGCUGGAUUCAGUGUCGGAGUCGGUGAAGGAGUUUGAUCAGUUGGAGUCCCUUCGUUCUGCUGUAGCCGGAUUGAAGUGUUCCUUAGACAGAGUCCUGCACAACGACACAGUUUCAGGGUGCUGUCCACUUGGCUGGGUGUUGUCUGGCUCCUCCUCCUGCUACUUCUUCUCGUCUGACGGGUUACCAUGGAACCAGGCUCGAGACUACUGCUCUAACUACAAUGCCCAGCUGGCUGUACUGAAGACUGAACAGGACUGGGACUUUGUAACAGGCAGUACCAAGCCGCUGUUCUUCUGGAUUGGACUGUCAGAUGAGAGGACAGGAGAAUGGGAGUGGGUGGAUGGAACACCUUAUAUCAUGGACCGCAGCCAGUGGAAGCCGGGCCAGCCUGAUAACUGGAAAGGCCAUGGUCUGGGUGGGACAGAGGACUGUGCUAUGAUACAUGCCAACGGACAGCUGAAUGAUGAUCACUGUUCCCGUAGUUACCGCUACGUCUGUCAGGGACACACACUGACACACACAUUGUAACUGACACACACACACACACACACACACACACACACACACACACACACACACACACACACACACACACACUGAUACACACACACACACACACACUGAUACACACACACACACACACACUGAUACACACACACACACACACACACACUGAUACACACACACACACUGACACACACACUGAUACACACACACACACUGACACACACACACACACACACUGACACACACACACUGAUACACACACACACACACACACUGAUACACACAUUGUAACUCACACACUGAUACACACACACACUGAUACACACACAUACACACAACUCACACACUGAUAUACACACACACACACACACACACUGAUACACACAUUGUAACUCACACACUGACACACACAUUGUAAAUCACACACUGAUACACACACACACUGAUACACACAACUCACACACUGAUAUACACACAUACACACACACACACACUGAUACACACAACUCACACACUGAUAUACACACAUACACACACACACACACUGAUACACACAUUGUAACUCACACACUGACACACACACACACUGAUACACACAACUCACACACUGAUAUACACACAUACACACACACACACUGAUACACACAACUCACACACUGAUAUACACACAUACACACACACACUGAUACACACA